AUGUCUAUCAUCAACUCUCUCCGUCAAAGGCUUCCGGCCCCUCGUCAGGAUCAGCUUGCCCGUCAGGCUCGCAAACAUGGCGAUCCGUCAGGUGAAAACGGAACUGCUACGUAUGUGCCAUCGGGAGUAACAAAGCUAGCAAGAGAAGCUCCCGCUUGGUACCGCUCGUCUGCCCGACGACGGCUGUACUUUUUGCUGUUCCCUGCUGCUGUGUGCUCCUACGCAACGAGCGGUUACGAUGGCUCCAUGAUGAACGCUCUUCAGACCGUCUCCUAUUUUGACGACUACUUUAACAACCCUCGAGGGGCCGUUUUGGGUCUUAUGAGCGCCAUUAUGGCUCUUGGUAGCAUUUGCUCCACGCCGAUCGCGCCAUGGGUUGCCGACCGGUUCGGACGACGCUGGGGUAUCACCGUCGGCAGCAUCAUCAUGAUUGCUGGUGCUAUUAUUCAAUGCGAGAGCUUCAACUUUGGCAUGUUUGUUGCCAGUAGGUUCAUCUUGGGCUUUGGUCUCUCAUUUGCAACGACAUCUGCGCCUAGUUUGGUCACAGAGCUAUCACAUCCCAAAGACCGAGCAACUAUAACCGCCAUUUGCAAUGUUUGCUGGCUUGUGGGGAGUAUUAUAGCCGCUUGGAUCACCUUUGGCACCAGAAACAUUGAAAGCACUUGGUCAUGGCGAUUGCCAUCACUCUUCCAGAUGAUUCCAAGUGUCGUUCAGCUGGCCACGAUUUGGUUUCUCCCCGAAUCUCCGAGGUGGCUCAUUUCAAAGGAUCGUGAUACUGAGGCUCUAGCUGCCCUGAAGCGUUAUCACGGCGACGGCGAGGAGACGCAUCUGGUCAAACUCGAGUACGAAGAGAUUCGAACAGCCAUUGACAUGGAAAAAGCUGCAGGAAACACGUCGUGGAAGUCUAUGCUCAGCACGCCUGGCAAUCGGUAUAGAGUCUUUCUCGUCUUGUGCAUGGGCUUGAUGAGUCAAUGGUCCGGCAAUGGCCUCAUUUCUUACUAUCUGUCACGCGUCAUGGAUUCGGUCGGCAUCACAAACAAAGACACCCAGGCCCUCGUCAACGGGUUUGUGAAUAUUUGGAACUUUAUACUCGGCCUUACGGGCGCCUUUUUCGUCGACAAAAUUGGACGGCGCCCUCUCUUCCGAAUCUCAACCAUUGGUAUGCUCACAGUCUUCGUUGCGUGGACGAUUGCGUCGGCCAACUUUGCGCAAACCGGCUCCAAAGCCGCUGGAGGAGCAGUCAUGGCGUUUGUAUUUGUAUUUGGUCUGUUUUAUGCCAUUGCAUUCUCUCCACUUGCCGUGGCGUAUUCCGUCGAAAUUUUGCCAUUUUCCCUUCGUGCCAAGGGCAUGGCUACGUACGUCUUUUCGACCAAGGCAGCCGUCUUUGUCAAUCAAUACGUGAAUCCUGUUGGCCUCCAAAACAUUGGCUGGCGAUAUUAUUUGGUCUAUGUUGCCGUCCUGGUUGUGGAGAGUGUAAUUGCGUACGGCUGGUUCGUCGAGACAAAGGGAAAGGCAUUGGAGGAGAUUGCCGUCAUUUUCGAUGGUGAAGAAGCGGCUCCGCUCAGAGAAGAGUUGAAAUUGGGGGAUGCGACGGUGGAAGAGGAAGAGGUUGGUGGACACAAGCGAGGCUGA